AGCCAUGUGGGGACAGGGCAUGGUUAACCACGAUGCAGCCAUCUCCCCCUUGCCCCUGGGCCCACCUCCAGGUGGAAAGGUGGCUGAAGGCAGUGAGAAAAUUCCCAGGAAUUCAACAGUGCACUAGGAAAACCCAGGUCACCCUACUGGUCCUCAGGAUCCUGGCAGGGAGAACUAUAGGCUUGAGGGGCCAUUUUUUUUUUUUAAUGGAGCAGGCAGGCCUGGCUCCUCAGCUCUGGGCUGCUGUCUCCAUAACCAGCCCAGCCACCCAGCUGGGCUUGCUGUCCUGUUGACCCCACUGUGUCUGGACACCAAUAGCAGGCGCCAGUAUCCAUGCCACUCGUCCUGGUGGGCACCCUCCCAGGCCUGUGGUUCACGAAAUGAGAGAGCAGGUGACGUGGGCCCAAGUCCUGAGAAGUGGGAACAAAGGGCACUCUGUUUGUUCUUUCCCACCUUCCUGGGCAGCAGGCCUGUGUCCCGUGCUUUUGAACCACUGAACCUUCUCCCUGUGGUGCUGAGAUAAUUUCCUGUCCCUAAGAUCUGGUCUGUAGCAGACCGCCACCCUGCAGCCAGCUCUCCUAUCUCAGUGCUCCCAAGACUUCUCAACCACUCUGGAGAGAAGCCUCCGUGGUGGACCUCAGGGGUUCUUAAGGUCUCAGAGGCCACUGGCCCCACCCCUGCCUGUGAUGACCCAACAAUCGCUUAGGCUGCUGCAGGUGCUGCUGAGGGUGGGCUUUGUGAUGCAGGCAGCGCUGGGCUCCUGAGGGGGUGGGCUCAGAAACACCACGCAGAUAAGCCUUCCUGCCACCAAUGAGCUCCCCCUCCAUUUCCCCGAUUCCAUCCCCUACCCUGUCCCCUAUACAGUCCCCUACCCAGUCCCGGUCUGGGUCUGUCGAGAUCCAGCAGCCCCCCUCCAGCUCUGGUGGCUCGGCCCCUUCCCCCUCCCCGAGCCAGGGGCCCUCGUCCCCCACCCUCUCUCAGCACCCCACCCCAAAUGCCUCACAGCCCUCUUCCCGGGCCUCCUCCCUGACCCCCAGCCCUCACAUCCAGCAUGUGCCUCAACGAUCUGCCCAGGCCACUCCUCCCACCUCCAAAUCGGGCUUAAAAUUCGUUUCUCGAAACGCUUCCCAAACUCCCCCUGUGCCUCUCACCAAGUCACCCUCCUACAUCGGACCUACUAGGGGCAUCCCUUCCUACAUCGCCCCAUAUGUGUCCCGCUUCCUGAAGGAGCCCCCCUUCUUCCAGCCCCCUACAUCACCUCUCCCCCAGAGCCAGUGCUUCCCCUGCACCUCCCCCUGCCCAGCCCACCAGCGCCCAGUUCCCCCGGACUCUCUCUACUUUCCUCUCCUCACCUCUGUGCCACAAGGACAGGACCUGCGUUACAUCUUCAUCCCCUCAGACAUCCGUGACUAUGUGAUGCUGAGGUCAGCCAUUCUCGGUGAGCCCGUCCCAGAGGGCCCUGAUAAAGGGGACAGGCCUCAGACCUACUUUGGACCAGAAGCCUCUGCUAGUAAAUUCAAGCUUCUACAUCCAGACUUCAUCAGCUACCUGACAGAGAGGUUUUUGAAAUCAAAGUUGAUUAACACAAGUUUUCGAGACCUAUAUAUGCCUAGCACUGGGGCCCUCAUGCUGCUAACAGCUUUGCAUACCUGUGAUCAGGUUAGUGCCUAUGGAUUCAUCACAGAGAACUACUGGAAAUUCUCGGACCACUAUUUUGAACGAGUAAAGCAGCCACUCAUAUUCUAUGCAAACCACGAUCUGCCCCUAGAAGCUACCCUGUGGAAGAACCUGCACAAGGCUGGCAUUCUCCAGCUGUACCAGCGCUGACUCUGAAGCACCCAAGCCCUUUGCUCUGGCAGAACUGUGGCCCUCAUCCCCUCAAACGGCCAAAGCUGCCUGUCAACCCUUAGGGGCUCCAACUCCCCUCAACCCACUCCUUCCCUCCAGAUGACUAAGAGGGGGAUUUGUGGCUGUCACUGAAGCCUGUCCAUUGUGGGACACCCCAUCUUCUCCAUGGACCAUUGAAGAAAAUUCUCCUUCUGUGUUUAAGAUAGAUAUCCCAACCUUGGUCAAGGAAAAAUGGACUGCUCUGCUGGGUGUUUCAAAACUGAAGAAAACACUCCCUAGAUGAGAUCAUGACCUGUACCAGCAAAGGGCAGGUAUACUUCCAAGCUAAGUAUCUCAAAGCCAGCAGCUGGAACCAAGGGACUUCAGAAGUCCAUGGAGAGACUCAAGACCCUUUGGUUAACAGACAUCAAGCAGCAGAACAGGCAGGCACACUCCGCAGCCAAAAUCCUCCCACUACCACGUCCAGUACAAACUCCAAAGCUAAUUCAACUCAAGGACACAACCCCUCAUGUUCCCUCUGUGAACAUGACCAACUUCUGCCCCACAAAGUGGGAGCACAGCAGACAGAAGGUAAUUUGAAACUAAGUUAACUGCAUAAAUGACGGUGACCAUUUUGUUUGCAUUGGGGAUAGUACACCACACAGGGUGGCUAGUGUGGCAGGAAUGUUCCGGUAUUUGAUGGGUCAACUGCACAGAAGGAUGCCUCUGAGGGAAGUCCUAUCAGAGAUGUAUUAAUACCUUGUCACCAAAAGGAUGUCACCAGGUAGUGAACCCUCAGCCUCACACCAUGGCUUCAAUUUGGACUUAGGCAGUUUCAUCUUUGACAAGAUUAUAUAGACUCUAUUAGAAAGAAGUCUCAACCAACCAACCAACCCAGUCAUCCUCAUACGGCCCAUCAGCCUGGGAUUCAGUGUUCCAAGUAGUGUGGACUGGGCCACACAGUCCCAUGUGCUACAUUAUACAAGAGAAAGGUGGGUGUCUCCACAGGCUGGCUGGCAAGAGGCUUCCCAGGGGAGCAUCUAUUAAGGCUGGUCUAUUCAUCCAGGCCCAGGACCUGGCCUCUGGUUCUGUGGUUUAGAAGGCUGAUCCUGUUCAACAUGAUUAACAAGAGGGACGAACUCUGUCACCAGAAUCAAAGUACUGCUAUAGAAAUUUAGAGGCAUGUGUUAAAAAUGGACAUUUGAAAAAUGGACAUUUGGCCUUUAAUGGCUCAAGCAGUCACUUGAAACCAUAGCCUUCUGCUGCCUGAGAGCAGGGUUUAGGCCAAGGGCUAUGAGUGCAUUCUUCAAGCCCUCUCAGUCACUCUACCUUGACAGCACCAAACUGUCCCUUGGUCUUGAGCUGUCCCAAGUUAUGUUUCUCUGGAUAGAAUAACUGGUCUGGAGAGAACACUCAACACACGGUACUGUUCAACAAUCGAAGCUAGUAUCUUAAGUCAUUUUUAUUACCAAUUGCCUUGGUAACCCAGCAGUGCUCUUAGGGUCAUUGCCCUGACACAUUUUUGUCUAUAAAACUUCACUUUUAUCUAUCAAACAGAAAAGCCAGAAACACCUGACGGCAUCCUGUGUAAUUGUUAACCCCCAUCAUUAUUCUCUGAAACUUUCACCUAUGUAACAAUGUGUUUAAUCACAGACUAAAAUGCUGUUUUUAUGUAGGUCUCAAUCUGAAAUCCACCAUGCUAGUAUGUCAACUUUUUAUUUUGAUUUGUGCUUAAAAAUUUAAGUCUAAGACAGUGACUUCACAGGAAAUCCACUUUUUCUAGGCUGAUCAUCUGCUUCCCCUUUGUCUCCCCAGUGCAUGUACAUGUUAAUUACAAUACUGCGGUCCUGCCAAUACAUGAGUUAUACCCCAUUAA